AUGUACGCAAGUAUCUUCGGAUUAUUGGCUAAUUCUGCCGCAAUCCUCUGCGUGUACCGGAAUCCUGUCUUAAGGAACGGAUUUGGUUUGCUCUGCUUCUCUCACAGUAUGGCCAAUCUAGGAGUAAUGCUUGUUUUCUUGCUAUGGGUUACUCCAAUGACUAUACUUUAUCGGAAAAAUCUUUGGCCAAACAAACAUUUUGUUCUGGAAUGUUUGUGUUUAUUCACACCUUCUGAUUUCUUUCAAUCGCUUAGUGGUCUUGACUUUACCCCAUCGGGCAAACGAUCUAUUCGAUAUCAGAAAUACGCUAUGUGCAUAAGUCUCAAUCCCAAAGUAGCCAGAGAAGGCUUCGUUUUUGCAGGAAGUGAAUGCUACAUUCAUUACGAUGCUACUAAAUGGGUAUUCAAGUUCGCUGAUACACUAUGUGGUUCUAUUAUAUCAACAUACACAGACAAUUACACAAGCACGACUAUUAUGGUUGUGAUAUGUAUGCUGGAUUGUAACACGCUGAUAAAACUGAGGAAGUCCAACAACACGCUGGGAACACAAAAGGGCAAUGUCAGCAAUUAUAUACAAAAGAAAAGGCGUCAAAAUGAGAUCAGAUUUUUUACGCAGACAUUGUACCAGAAUGGAUUGUUCCUUUACGAACUUGUUAGCUUCUACUAUGUAAGCGCGCUGUUUACAAACAAGUGGGCUGUGUUCAUAACAGCCACGUUGUCAUGGGAGAUGUGUCAUGCCUUCGAUGGGUGA